AUGACAGGAAUAACUCAUCAAUCAAUCAAAUGAUGCAAAAUUACCUUGAAUCACAAGACGGUGAAUCAUCAUUUGAAUAUUAUAAUAAUUUAUCAUCUACAUCUGGUCUUGAUAAUGAACCAUUGAUUGUUGAACAUUCUAAAGAAGAUGUGAAAAGAAGUUUGAAAGUUGCUGGGGGAGUAAAAAAGUCUUAUCACCACAAACCAGGAACUGUAGCUUUGCAUGAAAUCCGUCACUACCAGAAAAGCACCAACCUUUUGAUCAGUAAAUUAUCUUUCAAACAUCUUAUUAAUCAGAUUGCUCAAAACCUUCAACCAGACACAAGUUUUCGAUCAUCUUCUAUCCAGGAUUUGCAAGAA